AUGGAGAGUCUGAGCUACACCCGACAUGGCGCCUGCAUCUUCAAAGAUGUGACGCUGCAAGUGGUCUUUCCACAGCAGGGCUUCAUCUUCAUCCCCUCGCACCUUCGAGUGCUGCACGUGACACAGGAGGCCAUUGUCCUUGAGACAUCGGCUUGGCGGAACCUGACCUUCGGUGAGCAAGCGCUGGACCCUGCCCGGGUGCGUCGGAUCCUGGAGACGAUGCAGAUGAAAGCCACGUUGAAACUGGUGGAAACCCAGCUCUAUGCUGAUACGGCCAGUGCGAAGGAGGAUGCCGAGGCAGCCGAGAAUUCGUGGUUGGAAAACUUGACCUACACCGAGAAGGUGAAGUUACACCUGGCCCGGGCCUUGCUCAUGAAUCCUGAAGUCUUGGUGCUGCAACGACCCUUGCACCACUACGACGCCAACACGGCGAAGAUGGUCUUGCAACUCCUGAAGACGCAUGUGGAAGAGCGCGGCCUGGCUAUGCCUGCCGAGACGCGAGAGACGCAGACAGGACCUGCUUCUUCACGGUGGAAGAUAAGUCACAGGCCGCGUGGAGAAUCGGUUGGAUCUUUGGAGCGAGCUGGGUUCGUUCCCAGCUAG